AUGGACGACCGGGGCAUGCCAACGCUUGUUGUCACUAUCAUUUUCUUCGUCCUUGCUUCGACGUUUGUUGCUCUCCGGUUUAUCUCUCGGUUGGGCGUCGUGCAUAAAAUUGCUUGGCAUGAUCAUCUUAUGCUUGUAGCUUGGGUGAUUGACUUUGGAUUCGUCUUUGCGAUAUGCUAUGGAACAACAAAAGGCUUAGGCUUGCACCAGACCAAUGUAGAGCCAUCAUGGGAUGUUGCCCUAAAUACGACCGAGUAUGUAGCGAAUGUGCUAUACAAUCCCGCGCUUAUGGCGCUGAAAAUGUCCAUCUUGAUCUUCUUUCUGUCCCUCUCGAAAACGGACAAGGUCUUUCGAUGGGCUAUCUAUGCGACGAUGUUCGUCGUCAAUGCCUCUGGAUUCGCCUUGACUAUGGUCAAUGUUUUUCAGUGUAGACCUGUCAGCGCAGCUAUCUGGUUUCCAGUAAAUGGAGACGCAAAAUGUACCGAUAUUGUCACCAUCUAUCUCUCCUCCGCACCUGUCAAUCUUAUCACCGACAUUGCCAUUUUCCUCUUACCAGUUCCAAUUUUGACAAAAUUGCGCUUACCAAAGAAACAAAAAGUUAUUCUGAUAAUUACAUUCAGUUUUGGCUUCUUCACGGCAAUUGUCGAUGUUAUUCGAGUUGCAUACCUACAAAACGCCGCCACAUCACGCGCUCAGAUGAUACAGACGUCAGGAUCUUCCACACACAAUACAAAAUUCAACCAGGACUUUUCUUGGUACGGGGCCUUCACGUUUAUGUGGUCUGCGAUCGAAGUCAACAUCGGUAUCAUGUGUGCUUGCGUGCCCGGUUUGAAACCACUAGUUGCACGCCUGGUCCCUCGGAUGAUCAGAGGCUCAACAGAUACAUCACCACAGGCUGCCUCCAUCGGCACGUACCCUUCAAGUGCAAACAGGGCAACGGGGCCAUGUUUAGCAAGUACCCAGCGUCAAACCCUACGUCCAGGAUCAAGGGCAAAUACAAAUGACGUACACAAUAUAGCAGCAAUCAGUCCUCCCCCUGCAGCAAUUACACCGGAAGAAUUCAUGAACGCAGCGGACGUUUUAUCCCAUUCCGGACCUAGCGACGAUACAGAAAGCAGCGCAGUCGACAAGACCUCUGGUGCCAUGAAUGUGUCGAGAUUUUUUGAUUUUGUCAACGUUAAGCAGCCCAAGAGCAUGCUCGCGAUGAAUAACAAAGAAUCCAUACCGCCCGUGGCAUUAACAACAGUACUGUUCUUCAUGUGGGGUUUAGGCUAUGGUUUCUUGGAUGUUUUGAACGACCAAUUCAAAUUAAUCGAUGGUAUUAGUGCGUGGGGCUCUCUAGGUCUGCAUGCUGCAUACUAUGGCGGCUACCUGAUCUCACCGCUGGCUAUCGGCCGUCAGUUGCUGUGUCGAUGGGGGUUCAAGGCCACUUUCAUCGCGGGUCUCUUUAUAUACGCCUGUGGAGCCCUCAUCUUCUGGCCGUCUGCGGUAUUGACCUCCUUCACAGCGUUUAUUAUUUCGAAUUUCAUUGUUGGCUGCGGAUUUGGAGUGCUCGAAACAGCAGCCAAUCCUUUUAUUGCGUUGUGUGGACCUCUCGAAAACGCGGAAAUCCGACUGAAUUUUUCGCAAGCAAUACAAGGAGUUGCCAGCGUGGUAUCUGCAGUCCUCGCCAAAAAGGCCCUGUUUCAGUCCGUGCAAGAUGCAGCAAGCUUGGUCAAAGUGCAGUGGGCAUAUCUUGCAAUCGCACUCUUCGACCUCCUCCUAGCGGUUGCUUUCUAUUAUCUCCCCGUUCCUGAAGCUACUGACGAAGACCUCCGCGCAUUAUCUGACCGACGAAAGGAGGCCAAUUCGGUGCGAGUGCUGGGCAUUCCUGUCAUUUGGAUGACAUUUGGCCUAGGAGUGUUUUCUCAGUUUUGCUAUGUCGGAGGGCAGGAGGUGCUUGUGACCAGCUUUGCGUAUUAUAUUGAAGCGCAAAUCUCCAUUACGAAUCUUUCUACUUUUGAUUACCUCUUAAUUGGCCGUAGUUUAUUUGCUGCAGGCCGGUUCAUGGCCGCCUUCACACAGUGGUUCCUCAAACCCCGAUGGAUACUUUUCGUGUCAUACACUGGGCUUAUCGUGCUCUCUGCGUUGUGUAUGGCACUCGAUGGUCUCUCCGGCGUGGUCAUUGGCUUGCUACUGUUUUUAUUCGAAAGUGGAGUAUUCAGCAUCAUCUUUGCCAUGUCGCUCCGGGGCAUGGGGACACAUACAAAGACCGCAUCGGCGAUUAUGGCCACCGCGAUAGGAGGCGGUACAAUGUUCCCAUUCGCGCAGCAAGCCGCAAGCAAUAACCACGGGGUAGUAUCGUCCUACGUUGUCCUCGUCGUGCUCUACGCCGUCGGCGCCAUUUUCCCUCUGUAUCUCAAUUUUGUCCCUGCAGCAAAGAAGCAAGUCGAUCCGAUUCCAAAUGAAUACCUACGUCGCCACAUCCGGCGACAUCGCCAGACUGUUAAUGUAAACCCUUCACCACCUGUGGAAAAGGAACAGCAUUACUCGCGAGGCGGCGUCUUAUCACGUCCGCGCAGUCUGGUGGAUGAACCGGUGUCGUCAAAUGUUCCGGGAAAUGCGCAGUAUACGCCUGGAAUAAAUGAGCGUGAUCUUGCUUUCGAGCAACCAUCACCGCAGAACUAA